GCAGAAGCCGAGUGAAGGUUUUCAGGAGGUGCCGGGAGGAGAGGCAGUGAGUCGACUGAAACCAAAUCUGCCUCCUGCAGCUCACACAUCUUGAUUCUCCUCUCGGGACUUUCUCAUGGGGGUUGUGACCAGAGUUUAUUAUUAGCACCUCUCAGCUCGCGCUCUCUCGUCGGCUCAUUUCUAUCCGUCUCUGAGUUUGGAUCCAUUUCUGCUCCCUUUUCCUUCAACACGGAAGUUUCACUUUAAUUCUGAGUUUUGCUGGGUUUAGUGGAGCUGCUGUUAAAAGUGUCUCACUGCUGCACUUUAGACUUCUGCUGAAAAGGACACAGCUGGGACUUUUGAUACUUCUCUUUCCUUCUUCACACCAUUAAUUCGAUCAUCUCACAUCUUCAGCCUCUCAUCUUCUUUGCUGCUUUAAAGCAACAUCCGUCCAUGAAGCUGUUCUGCACACCAGCUUUCCCACAGCAGGUCUGCUUUUCCUAAAAAUGGGAAAGAAGGAGCUGCUUUCUCUGCUGAAGGGUUUUCUGGACUGUAUUUGCCUCUGUCUGUCUCGCAGCAGCAGUGAGUCUCUGAGCAGAGACGAGUGGGACGCUGAAAGUGGUCACCUGAUCUACAGAAGCGGGGAUGUCCUGGACGACAGAUAUGAGAUAAUCAACACUUUGGGUGAGGGGACCUUUGGGAAAGUGGUGCAGUGUUUGGACCACAGCAGAGGAGGAAGUCAGAUUGCACUGAAGAUCAUAAAGAACCACGAAAAAUACAGAAACGCAGCCAAACUGGAAAUCAAUGUGUUGGAGAAAAUCAGUGAGAAAGAUCCACUCCACAAAAACCACUGCGUACAGAUGCUGGAAUGGUUCAACUACAACGGCCACAUCUGCAUCUCCUUUCAGCUGCUGUCUCUCAGCACUUUUGACUUCUUGAAAUCAAACAACUUCCUGCCUUACCCACUUCAGCAAAUACGGCACAUGGCAAGCCAGAUCUGCCACGCUGUGAGCUUUCUCCAUGACAACAAGCUAACUCACACCGACCUGAAGCCCGAGAACAUCCUGUUUGUCAACUCCGGCUACUCCCUGGUAUACAACGCAGAGAAGAAGUGCAAUGAAAAGAGAAUCAAUGACACUACAGUGAGGCUGAUCGACUUUGGCACCGCCACCUUUGACUAUGAACACCACUCGGUUGUCGUCUCGACGCGUCACUAUCGGGCGCCGGAGGUCAUACUGGAGUUGGGCUGGAGUCACCCCUGUGAUGUGUGGAGUUUGGGCUGCAUCCUCUUCGAGUACUACGAAGGCGUCACCCUGUUCCAGACUCAUGACAAUAAGGAGCAUCUGGCCAUGAUGGAGAGAACACGCGGGCCAAUUCCUCAAAGAAUGAUCCAGAGCAGCAGAAAGCAAAAGUACUUCCGUUCUGGUCAUCUGGACUGGAAUGAGAGCUCCAAAGCUGGACGCUUUGUUAAGUCCAAGUGCAAACCACUGAGGAAGUACUUAUUAUCCCAUGGAAGGGAGCAUCACCAUUUGUUUGAUCUCAUGGAGAGGAUGCUGGAGUACGAGCCUUUAAAACGCAUUUCUCUUCCUUCUGCUCUGGAGCAUCCCUUCUUCCUGAAUCACUCAGGAAAGCCUCAGGUGUGGAGGAACAGCUGGAACACCAGCAGAUGACCUUUUGGGAUAACAUUCGGAAGUUUACCACAACGUGUCUUGGAUAAGGAGGACUCAUAAGCCAGCAUGGGAAUUCUGUGAUGGUGCUUUAAUGGCAGUUUGAGGUGAACUACACCAACAAAAAAGGAAAAAACUGUUCUGAAUGUCUGAAAAUAAUAAACAAAUAAAAAUUCAGUUAAUUUUUUUAGUUUUCUGAAAACAUUUAGUCCAAAUUAGAGGAGAUACAUGUUCUUAGUAUGUUUGAAUUAUUUUAUGAACCUACGUUUCAUGCUGCGUUGUGUGUCUUAAUCUUUUUUUUACAGUUUGAAUGUAUGAAAAUAACACUACAAAGAUUUAAACUGUGAUCAUGCUAAUCGUUGUAAUUCAAUACUACCUAUUUGAAAGUUUGAUCCAAACUAAGUGGAGCAGGAUGUAAAAACUCAGGGACUGUUGUUUUUGGUGUGGAAUCUACGGUGGCCCUUAAGUCCAAAUCACAUCACUGGACACAAAAACAUUUUAAAGAAAACAACAUAAAUUUAAAAAGUGAAAUAAAUCAUUAAAA